GGGAUCUUUGCCUUUGCAUAAUGAGGGAACUCCACUGGCAUAGACGCGGAGGGGCGGGGGAGUCAGUGAGGGUUGGGGGUGGCUCCUGACGUCCCACGCAGCCCAGAGGCUCUCACCCUCCUCCUGCCCCUCCUGUCCACACUGCGCCGUGAGUCUCCACCUCACCCCUCUCCUCCUCCUGUCCACACUGCGCUGUGAGUCUCCACCUCACCCCUCUCCUCCUCCUGCUCCUAUCCACACUGCGCUGUGAGACGCCACCUCACCCCCCACCUCCUCCUCCUGUCCACACUGCGCUGUGAGGCUCCACCUCACCCCCACCUCCUCCUGCUCCUCCUCCACGCCCGAGUGGCGGCGUGGAGACUUCGCGUGCAGGAGCAGCGGCAGCAGCAGCAGCAGGCGUAGGAGGAGGAGGGUCCCUGACGCCGCCUGCCAUGGGCUGUCCACACGUGGCGGGGGACAGGGCGAGGAUCUCAGCGCUCCGCUCAGCACCUGCACGCGUUCACCUGGGGCCGGCGAGGCCAGUGAGUGUCCACCACCACAGCAGUGAUUGCCCACCACAGUGAGUGUCCACCACAGUGAGCGUCCACCACCACCACCACAGUGAGUGUCCACCACAGCAGUAAUAGUCCAGCGCAGUUGGAGUGACGUGAAACGUUCUGACCCGCCUCUACCGGACAUCUGUGAAAAAAGAGCUUUGCAGCUCAUCGGAUUCCUCCGAAGAGGCGCCACCAGCACCACCAGCACCACCACCAGCACCACCAGCACCACCACCAGCACCACCACCAGCAGCACCACCAGCAGCAGCACCACCAGCACCACCACCACCAGCACCACCAGCACCACCACCAGCACCACCAGCACCACCACCAGCACCAUCAGCACCAGCAGCACCACCACCAACACCAGCACCACCAGCACCACCACCAACACCAGCAGCAGCACCGUCGUUCGCCCUGCUCCUCUCACCGGGAAGAUCGAUCGGGACACGGGGGAUCUCUCCGUGAACCUCGGGCGCCAAUGGAGCUCCGCGCCCGGCUGCCCCUGCUGCUGCGCCUGCUGCUGCCCCUGCUGCUGCCCCUGCUGCUGCUGCCGGGGACCCCCACGGCGGCCAGGGCCCCCCAGGCCCCCCCCGACUGCAGAUCGGUGCGGCGAGAGUUCUCCCUGCGGGAGGUGGGGCCCGAGAAGUGGGUCCCCGAGAGGGCGCGCGCAGGUGCGGAGUUGCAGGUGUGCAGCGUGCGCGGCGCCUCGUGCUGCACGCGCCGCAUGGAGGACGCCUUCGCGGCGGCCGGGGCCCGCGACGCCCAGCAGCUGCUGCAGACGUCCAGCUCGCCGCUCCGCUUCCUGCUGUCACGCACCGUCACCUCCGUGCACGAGGCGUUCGUGGCGCUGUCGGAGCAGGCGGAGGCCCGCGUGGGCGCCCUCUUCCGCGACGUGUACCGGGCGCUGGAGCACGAGGCGGCGGGGCCCGUGCGCGACCUCUUCGCCGGCGCUCGCCAGUACGUGCUGGGCUCCCGCGCCGACCCCCACGAGCUGGCCACCUCCUUCUUCGACGGCCUCUUCCCGCUCGUCUACAACCGCCUCAUCAACCCGGGCCUGUCGGGCCUCGCGCCCCCCUUCAGCGAGUGCCUGCGCCACAACCGCGCGGAGCUGAGGCCGUUCGGGCCCUUCCCGAGGGCGAUCGCCUCGCAGCUGGGCCGCUCGCUGUCCUCGCUGCGCGCGUUCGCCGGCGCCCUCGGCUCGGGCCUCGAGGCCGUGAACGCCACGGAGCUGGCGGCGACGCCGCGCGACAGCUCCUGCACGCGGGCCCUGGCGCGCCUGCGCUACUGCCCGCUGUGCGGCCCCGAGGCGGCGGCGGCGGCGGCGGCGGCGGGGCCGCGUCCCGCGCGGGCCUGCAUCGGCUACUGCCUCAACGUGCUGCGCGGCUGCCUGGCGAGCCUGGCGGAGAUGAGCGGGCCGUGGAUGGAGCUCGUGCGGGCCGUCGAGGAGCUGUCGGCCGAGAUGCACGGCUCCGGCGACCCCGAGGGCGUGCUGCUGAACCUGCACGCACAGCUCAACGAGGCCAUCAUGCACGCGCAGCUCAACGGGCCCAAGAUCUCCGUGGCGGUGACGCAGGUGUGCGGGCCCCCGCAGAGCAGCGAGCAGGGCCCGGAGCGGGCCUGGGAGCCCGAGUACGAGCGCCUGCCUCCUCCGCCGGGGCGGCAGCACUACGACCGGCUCGCAAGCAUCCGGCGGGAGUUCCACAGCAGCCUGCGCCUGUACCGCACGUUCUUCGCGACGCUGGCGGAGACGCUGUGCCACACCGAGCUGGCGUCGCACGACUCGUCACUCUGCUGGAACGGCGAGACCAUGACGGAGAGUGACACGCACCGCGUGGUGGAGAACGGCGUGGCGGCGCAGAGCCACAACCCCGAGGUGCGCGUGACGGAGGUGGACGCGGCGGUGCAGCGCGCCGUGCGCAAGCUGCAGCACGACGUGCGGGCCAUACGGGAGCGCGGCGCGGGUGGCCGCAAGGACGAGGUGGCCGGGGGCCCCGAGGAGGCCGAGGACGGCGGCGGGCAGAGCGACGCUCGCGGGGAGGGCGGCGCCGCCAGCGGGGAUCGCGACUGCGACGACGAGGACGACUGCGACGACGACGACGGUGGCGGCAGCGGCGCCGACCCCAUCAAACCCGCGAGUAACGCGGGGGGCACGGGCGGGGACAAGCCGGCCCCCACGGACAAGAGCCGCCCGGACAAGAUCCACCCGGACCGGCGGAGGAACCAGCCGGGCGGCGGUGCGGGAAGGCGCCUGGAGGCGGGCGGCCUCACCGCGGCCCUGGCCGCCGUCACGGCCGCCGCGGCCGCGCUGCUCCACGGCCCCCGCGGCCUCCGCGCCGAGUGACCGUGCCGCGGAGGUCGCCCUCCCCCCCCCCCCCUCCGCUGCGGACGCCGGACGACCCCCCCCGGGGGGUUUGACGCGGCCGACUUCCGCGACCCCGCCGAGCGGACUGCUUUUUGUUUGCGUUGCCGCAGCCCCGGGGGGAGGGGGGGCGUCCCCAACCCCCGCGCGGGGCCCUCCCAUUGAACGUGCCUGGCAGCAAAGGACCCAGCGGCAAGCGAGGUGCACCGCUCGGGCCGUCAGCGCCGUCUCCUCCCAAGCCGGGCUGCUCGCGCGUCCGUGGUUAAACUCGGCUCGCUGCUCGGCCACUUCUGCAGAGCCAAUUUAGAAGUAGGGGAGAGGCACUGACUUCUUCGUGACAGGUGGGGGUGGGCGGGUUCAGGGCUAGAGGGGACGCCGCUGCCGCGGACGUUCAAGGGGUAACGGCGCCGUGUCCACCGCGUGGAGGAGCUGUGGCCGCAGGGAGGGGCGCGAGGGGGCUCAGCGCCACGCACCGACGGCGUGGGCCUCCGGUCGCCGCCUUCCCCCAGCGUUAGUUGCCGCCCGGCCCCUGCGGCUGGAGGGUGUCUCCGCGCCGAGCGGUGGCUUUUAAAACUUUUUAUAAAGACACGUACCGACGUACUGGACUGCCGGUGUGUGACGUUGAGAUGAGUACGUUUCAACAACGCAGUCUUGCUACCCUUCCCUGGCCCACGGGGGCGGGGCGGUUUAUUUGGGGUUUGGAUUCCAUUAACGACGUCCAUUUCGCCUGGAUGACGUCAUCGGUGGUGUCUAAGGUAACACGCGACAAGGCUGCCAUCUCACCACGCGGAAACAUUCCCCCGCUACGGGAACUCGCAGCAGCGACCUGGGGUGCCGUGGCUGACGCGCUGCGAACUGCCGAGAUGAUCCGCUCGGCGGCUGGAGUCACCGCGACUUCAGCCCGGUCCGGGAGCUUGGAACACGAAGCUGCCACGUGCACGAAUAACGCGAUGCGCAUCGUAACCGGAACACUGAAACCGACGCCAACCUCCUACCUAUGAAGAACCACCUACCCAUCAUCACCCACCUACCCAUCAUCACCCACCUACCCAUCAUCACCCACCUACCCAUCAUCACCCACCUACCCAUCAUCACCCACCUACCCAUCAUCACCCACCUACCCAUCAUCAACCAAGACCUCAACAAUGCACCAUCCCCCUUCUGGAAUCGUGCUGUCGCCAUCCUAGAACGUCACCCAGAUCCGGAAGAACGCUGGCAAGCAGAGUGGAGCAACGUGGAUGUCCAGAAUAAACACCUCCUUGUUCGAGACCCAAAUAUCAUCGAGCCUCCUGGCUGUGACAUUCCUCCUCGACGACACCGUCGUUACGAAUGGAAAAUUAAAGACACGAGCCACAGUGGUGUGAUGGUUGCAACCUAAACCUAUGGACCAUAAAGUAAACAGCUGUAAUCUGGACUUCUCCAACACAGGAGGAACAGCAAAAGCACACCAAGUCUCUCUCUCUCCUGAAGCCCUCUCGUCGUGGCUAGCAGACCUCGACACUGGCAUCUGGCUCCUGGUCCCAUUCGCUAGAAUUGAAGAGAAUUCGGAGCCAAAGUCGAUGGCUCUCGGCCACGGCCGGCCUGGUGGACAGCCGAGACGUGGACGAGGUGGGGGCACAGCCGAGACGUGGACGAGGUGGGAGCACAGCCGACACGUGGGGGUAUUAGCCCUUGGAAAGCGCUGCCAACGUGACCCGUGACCUCACCUGGGUCUCGGUUGAAGUUAAAGCAAACGCGUGGCUCAUAAAUGCUGCGUUGUCACUUAUAAUUUGUUUAUGUUGGGUGAGAGUGUGCAGGUUAGAAUACCAAUUUUUUUUUAAAUCUAUAACCCUCCACCACCGAGCGACAGAGCCAAUCAAAUUAAGUUGUCACGUGGGUAAGUGUGCCAAUUGAUUUGGUUUGUCAGCAACACCGGAGAAGGGACGUUGGGAUGGGUGCAUUCGGAGCGUGAGCCGCGCCGGUCGCGCGUUCGGCCCUCGCCCAACCUCGCUUCACCGUGCCCAUAUAGGCGCCACAGGGCGUCGUGAUAUCUUCCUCGUCUGUGCCACGCAGGAGGUCGUGGGUUCGAUCCUGACCCUGUCGCCGGCUGUAUUUGGAGUUUUCGUGUCUCUCUCUCUCCCCGUGGUCGCGUGGAUUUUUCUCCUGGUCCUCCGGUUUUUCCCCUCCACAAUUUUAAAUCAACAUCACCACGCGUUUAUAGCAUUUGGCUGCUGCUAUAAAGUACCACGUGGUGAUGAGGAUAAGCGAUCAUUUGUGGCCAGGUCGCUUCUAAAUAAAGAGCUCUAUAGCUCAGCGAGCUUUACCUGGUAAAAUUAAAAAAAAAUCUUUUAUAGUUUUCAUAUCACGAGACGUGUUAACUCCUUAUCGGUUGCAACUUUGAUUCCUCACCUGCUCCGUGUCGCCGUGGACAGCUGAUGGUUUGGGCACCGUCGCCUGCGCUCCGCCUGAUGCUCGUCGUUGGUUCCGACUGCGUUGGUACCAUGGACAACAAACGAGGGGUUCACUUUGGCGGUGCUGUUUGUUGCCCACCGCUUGACGCUUCGGGCCUUCGGGCCUUUGGGCCGGUGCAGGGCGAUUUUGUUGGGAACAAAUCGUCAUUUCUGCGUUGAGUUUUUUUUCCGCAGCGAGCGUGGUGAAGUCGCCAUUCAACAACCCAGUGGGUAGAGGGAGCCCCUGCUCACAAGCGCAUGACACUUGCAGUGCCCACUCCUGCAAAAACUCAUGGCCGUCCCCGUAUUGCAUCGCCAGCUCACUGCACAGCGCGGCGCUUUCAGAUGCGCUGCUGCGCCCGUCUGGAACGCUCUUCCUUCCGAUAUUAGGAAGCCACUGGAGCUAUGCACUUUUAAAUCAUCAUCAUCUAGAUUGACAAACUCAUUUCUUUGAAACAGAUUUGUGUGUUGUUAGUGUUGUUGUCCUUCCCCCGCACCUCCGAUGAGCAGGGUUGGCUACGUACGGUGCGAAAGAGGUUCAACAUACAUACGCACAUACGUGUUGAGACGGUUUGCCAAGUGUUCGGUGCAAAAGUUGUACACACCUCAAGGGCGUCUCGCGGGGUACACGACGGACAAUAGUUCAGUUUCAGUUCCAUGUAUUAGGUAUAACCCUGUGAGCCAUGCGGCUCUUGACUCGGGUGCAACCGCAACAAAACACAAACAUGAACAAGAAACAUCUUAAAGUGACUACACGCAACAGAAAAAUCCUGGAAAAAACAGCAAAGUCUUCCAGAAAAAAGGACCGCAUUUCAACGCUGUGUGCAAAAAUCCCAUUGGGAUGCAAGUCAAACAACAACACCCAUAGAGAUGCUGCCUACGGCCCGUCACGGGAGAUGACGUCAUGGAGGCGAGGAAACAAAGAAUUCAAUCCGCCGCACGCGCACGUGGCACGCUCCGUUCAGAAUCAGAAUGGUUAUUUCUUCCUGGAGAAAUCCGACGACCUAUAAAGCUCUUUUUUCUCACAGAUGUCCAGUCGGGGCACGGGGUCAGAACGUUACAACAACAAUCGAUUAAAAAAAGAGCACGAUAGUAGUGCAAAUUGUAAGAAAGGUACACAAAUCACUUACAAAAAAAAUGCGAAUAAAAGUCAAAUAUGUUUUACCUCCACGGGUCAGGCCGACUGAGCGAUCAGCUUAUUUCUCAGGAGUGACCUGGCCGCAAACGAUCGCUCGCCAAAGUGGCCCUGGUCAUCAUCACGUGGACAUUUAGAUCAGGAACUCAGUGGGGGGGUUGAAAGUCCACGGGCAAGCACGAUUGAUAACGCUGACCCGCCCAUACUGGGCAUCUGUGAAAAGAGCUUCAUAGCUCAUCGGAUUUUCUCCUCCAGUUUGAAUGAAGAUUCUGAUUCUGAAAGGGCAAGAAGCGCCAGUCUUGUUCCCGCUGAGAAUUCCCGACAGGCGACGCGCUGAGAAUUGCCGGCGUCACAACCUCGCCGCCGCCGUUGUUAUUGUUGUUGUUAUUGUUGUUGCUGUUGCCGCCACGGAUCCGCAGUGCGACACCGACGAUCGGUCGGUCGUCCUGCACGCAAUCAUCACGCGCGGUGAGCGUCGCUGCGGGGAAUCUUGACAGGAGAUACAAGCGGACGAUACGCCGCUCGGGAAAUAUCUGUCUCCACGUGAUAAACAACGUUAUCUCCUUUCACACAGGCGAAAAAUAUACAACAACAACAAACGUCCCCACGUCAAGCGUACCCGCUAGUCCGUUUGACUCCAAUUGUGCUUCGUUCUAAAACAACAGCUUUGUAAUUCACACGGCAAGAAGCUAUGGAGAGGUGACGACUAAUUGGAGGACUUAUUCAAUUAUCAUUGACAGUCGUGUAGGUCCUCCAUACGUGUGUUGAGUUUAGGUCACAUGGCAGUUUUGUGCUAAAAUACUUUUAGCACAAAAACCGUCCGUCUUAAGAUUUUUGGACAAGUAUUUUUUUGGGUUAAUAUCUCCGGCUGUGUCUCCUGAACGCAUGAGACUACAUUGAAUGUUGUUGCUUGACCACACUCUACGACACGUUUCGGCUCCAGCAGCAGUGUGUAUGCCGCUGGCUCUGUCUCCAUUGUUGAACGUCACUGCAACUCCGCGUUAUGAAUUGCCUUUUGCCACACUUAGCUUCGCAUUUAUACGUUCAAAGUGUCGAGUACGGUGUUUAAUUGAAACCAGGCGCCCGCGUGCUUUAAAUUAUUGCCGGCGAAACAUUGCAGUCACAUUCCGCGUUCCACGUGGCGCGUUGACAAUUUUGAGAAGGCGGCGAAUGUCCACGUCGCGGCGAUGACCGCGUUGACUGCGUGGGACAGGGGUCCACGAUGCGCGUGGUUUAUUGCAGUCAUUUAGACACUUUACUCGUAUUUUUAUUUGUUUUUUUGUUGUUGUUGUUGUUGUCACGCAAAGUUAUUUUUUUUAUUUAGAAUGUUUUGCCCUGGCGAGCACUUAACCGAGGCUUUGGCUUUCUGUUGUUUUUCUCUCGGGUGAUUUUUGCCCCCCGGGGGGAGGUGGAGGUUAUCUCAGUGUCCUCAUCUAUAAGCACAAUGCGAAGGGCCCGCGAGCCGCGUUGCUUUGCGGAUUAUUUGCCGGGAGAGUUGUCACUGGGAGCCGUUGUUCCGGAGAGAAUGUAGACAUUGUACAGCCGUGUAGCCACGAUUGAAAACUCACUCUGGAUUGCAAGCCCGUUUCUUUACAACUGAUUUGUGUGUGUUUAGUUUGUUGUCUUCUCCCCCCUCCCGCACUUCCGAUUAUCACGGUUGGCUACGUACGGUGCGUAAGAAGCUUGACAGACAGACACACACACACGAUACGUGGACAACUCAAGGAUUAUUCGUAGACGAACUCUACUCACCGGACGCUUUGUGCCAAUCCUCGCGUUCACGCUGUCUGCGCAAUUGCGACUCGUCGACUCCGAAGCGAAUAUCGCGCACAGGUCCCUGCGUUUCGCGUAACGGUAGGCGGUGGCUGCGCGUGUUCGCAUCUGUGUGUGUAUGUUGAACUUCUUUGGCACCGUACGUAGCCGACCGUGAUAAUCGAAGACGCGCGCGGCCCCUGGGGAGUGCCCGGCGGCGUGCCGCGUUGUCCCUUCUGCGUGCGCUCGAGAUCCUCGUGGGAUGGUGAUGGGAUGCACGGUGGCUUCCUUCCACCCCAGAGUGCUCCAACACGGCAAACAUCGAAAGUCGCUCUUCCGAACUGGGCAGUUGAUGGAUCGACGUUCGGUGGCUUGUUGGUGUUUUCCGCGUAACCGCGUCACGUGUGGGUCGUCACGUGUGGGUCGUCACGUGCCACCGGGCAUGUUCACUUUGAGGGCGGCGGUGAGCGGUCAAGGUGGGCGCGCACGCACAUUUGACCCAACUCUCGGACAGAGCGAAUGGUUGGCUUAAUCGCUCUUCACGGGCCGGCCACAGGAAAGAAUAAGCAGAAGACAAACACAGGUUGGUGCCACGCUGGCUCGGAGAUUUUAACUGCCUCACCUGGUAUGCAGGAUGUCGUGGGUUCAAUCCCGACCCUGACGCAUGCUGUAUAUUUGGAGUUUGCCUCUUCUCCCCGUGGUUGUGUGGAUUUUCUCUGGGUCCUCCGGGUUAUCCCUACACUUUUAGAAUCAUGCGUUUAGAGGAUUUGGUUGCCAUAAAUUUCCACGUGGCCAGGUUGCUUCUGAAAAAGAGCUACAUAGCUCAGUGGGCCUUGCCUGGUCAAAUUAAUUUUUAAAAGUAGGACAGUUUAGCUUUAGACACGGCACGUAACGUAUAUUUCCACUGCGUGAAUCACAAUACCAGGCGCAUCGCUGCAGCGAUAACCCGACGAAGCCGAACGCCGGACCCCCCCCCCCCACCCCCAUUUCAUCUCCGAUUGUAAUGGCUAAUUCCGAUGCCUGACCACGAACGCUCACACUGUGCCCGUAUCGAUUAAGAACGGGACGGACGGUGCAAUGUCUGUGUGCGCUGCCGGAAGUCUCGAAGCGUCGAGCGGCCUCGCUCGAGGUGCCACGGCCUCUGCGGGGGCGAUGCGGGUCUCCACGGCGCGUCCACCGGCCACACGCCACCACCGCACGUGAGAGAUGGGGCCGUGCGAUUUACACGCGAGCAGGGGAUGUCACAAAUCGGCUGUAUGUUCUGCUUGCACACACACACACGCGCACGCGCGCGCGCGCACAUAUUUUCAGGACUUAGAUAUUUGACAUUUAAACUUUUUUUUUCUUCAUUUAAAAGUACACACACGAAGAAAAUGUUUAUUUAACUCUGGGCACUUUUAACAACAACAGAAAAGGACACGUGAAACGCUGCCAGCUUUGUCAACACUUUAUUCUUCAACACAGUAUUUGUCACUUUUUUAAUUUCUUAAAUUAUACAAGGUAAGGCGAGUAGCCGCUCUUGCCUUAAUAUAUACAGCUUCACUUCCAAUAAACCCGGCAUUUAUAGCGAUGCCUUG